AUGGGCAUGCCCCAAACGACCAUUGACAGGCUGAGCGAAGCGGACGACAUACUGCCAGGAAUUGGAGUCCGGUUCAUGUGGGAAGCAAAGACGGGGCUCUUCAAAGUCGUGCCAUCUGCUUCAUAUGAGUUCACUACGUCAGAAAUAACGCGUUACAUCGAAGACCAGAGAGUUCAAAUGGGGAUACCACGAACAGAAGUUUCCUGGGGGAGAACAACCACGAACCCUGGUACUGUUUCGACACACGGCAAGCAACCUGACCAUAGCUUUUAUCCUUCGAGCCGCCCGCCUUCUUUUGGCCAGCUAAGUGGAUGGCCGACACUUGUCAUCGAAACUGGUGUCUCAGAAUCUAUGGCAAAGCUCCGGCGCGACGCAACCUGGUGGUUUCAGAAUUCUUCUGGAGACACUAGAAUUGUACUUCUUGUCUCGAUCAAAUCCAGGAGCAGAGAGUUACGCAUUGAGAAAUGGCAACUUGCCCCCCCCAACAUAGGUAGACCGGGUACUACUAGACAACUUAUCGACCAAUUACGCCAGCAACCCGACCAAAUGCCACCUCUAAUCCAGCAGCCCGCAAAUAUGCAGCUCGCAUUUUCUAUUCAGGAGGUAGUCAUUACGCCAACGUCGAUAAUCGGACAGCCUCUUGUGAUCCCAUUCAGAGCUAUGUUUGAUCGGCAACCUACUGGAGCAGAGCGAGAUAUAGUCAUAGAUAAUGAGGGCUUUCGCGAGAUUUCACGUUUCAUAUGA